AUGGCUCUCUGUUUUUCUCUCUUUUCAAUAUUUUCUUUCCUUUUUCGUUGUCUCUGCAGCAUUUUUUCUACUUUUAUUCCAAGUCCCUUUUACUAUUGUUAUCUCUUUCUAAUAUUUUCUCUUUCUUCUAUUCUCUCUGUAACGUCUCUUUCUUUCUUUCAUUCGGACAUUAUACAUUUUUUCAUCGCUUCAUUCAUCUUUCUUUCAUUCUCUUCUUCAUUGUCUCUUUCCUAUUUUCUGUAUUCUUUCAUUCUGUCACUCUUUCAAUUUCUCUUUCAUUUCCCUCUUUCUGCUUUUCUCUUUCUUUCAUUCCCUUCUUCAUCGUCUCUUUCAUAUUUUCUGUAUUCUUUCAUUCUGUCACUCUUUCAAUUUCUCUUUCAUUUCCCUCUUUCCACUUUUCUCUUUAUUUCAUUCUCUUCUCCAUUGUCUCUUUACUAUUUUCUUUAUUCUUUCAUUCUGUCACUCUUUCAAUCUCUCUUUCAUUUCCCUCUUUCCACUUUUCUCUUUCUUUCAUUCUCUUCUCCAUUGUCUCUUUACUAUUUUCUGCAUUCUUUCUUUAUGCCACUCUUUCAAUUUCUCUUUUAUUGUCUUACAAUCUCUUUUUCUAAAACUUCUUACAAUCUGUUGUAG